ACAACAACAACAACAACAACAACAACAACAACGACAAGUCAUGAUCAUCAUCUUCAGCCAUGCUGCACCUCGCUGAAACGACCAACCCAUGGGGCGGUCACUCGUGGGUGGGCGACAGUCCAUCUGCCAUCCCCCUCGACAACCGCCCCUUCUACGAACCCGCCACGGGUCCAGAAACCACCACCUCCCGGGGCGUUUGUAACAAGCUCUUCCACUCCUCCCUCUUCGACGUCGGCAUCCUCCGCGACACCCUUCUCCCCUCCAUAACUUUCCACUCCGGCCUCAGCUUGAUCGCCUACGGCGCCGGCCGCCUCACCGACCGUCUCGAGACCAAAGACUGGCUCUGGCCCGCCGGCCAGGUCCUCAACGCGUGGUGGUCCGCCCUCGGCAAGCGCGUCAUCUGCGACGGCAUCCCGCUAUACUGCUCCUGGGCCAUCAUCGACCGCCCGCAGCGCCUGCUGCUCGCGGGCGUCACUCUCUGGGGCAGCCGGCUGUUCUGGCGCAUCGCGAGCCGGAGCGUCAAGCGCGGCGGGGACGAUCCGCGGUAUGAGGCGACCAAGAAGCAGCAUGGAUGGUCGUGGAACAAGGCGCUGUUUACCACCUAUCUCCCUGAGGCGCUGUUCCAGAGCUUGAUCACGUUGCCGUUUACCGCGCCCUUCCGGCACUUGGUUGGGUCGGAUGUGCCGGGGCCGUUCGCGACGCUGUCGGGUGGGUAUGCGGCGGUGGUAGAGGCGGUGGCGGUGGGAUUGUUCAGUAUGGGUUUUGCGCUGGAGGUUUUGGCGGAUUGGCAGCUUGAUACGUUCAAGGAGAAGGAAAAGAGUGGUCAGGAAAGCCCCUCAGCCAUGUGCAGAGAGGGAGUCUGGAGCAUCGUCAGACAUCCAAACUACCUCGGCGACAUGCUAGUCCACCUCUCCUUCCCGCUCCUCCUCUGGUCCAGCAACUCCCUGCAGCCCAUCCACCUCCUCGGCCCGCUGACCAACUACAUCUUCCUCCGCUACGUGUCGGGCGACAAGGAGAACGAGCACAGCCAGGCCCGCCGCUACAGCACCGAGAACGUCAACAAGAAGAUCGACUUUGACAAGUACCGUCGCGAGGAGAACGCCUUUUGGCCCGACAAGUGCCAGGUCUCCAACAAGUGGACCUGGAUCGUGGUCGGAGCCGGCUGGAAAGCUGUAGGAAUGGGCUUGGUAGCCAUGGAAAUAGGUCUGAGCAUCGGCUCCGAGUUGGGAUUCAACGAGGUCAUGGUGUUGGCCAAGGAGGGACAGGAUGUGGCAAAAUUGUUGGCUGGGAGUGGCCUUGACUUGACGGAUUUCUUUACGUGAGUGGUACUGAUGGGAAGUGUUGUAGGAUAUUGUAGGAUCUUGUAGGAUAUGGUGUGUAGGAUAUGGAACGCUUGAAGGAAGAGGCGAUAUCUCGCUUGAUGGAUGUGGUUUGGAUGGACGUAAUGGCCUUGUUUGGAGUAUUUGGAUAAUUAGUAGUAUCUUGAUUAACCAAAACGAAGC